AUGCAUGGGUCUCGCAUAUCGGUGAUGACUUUCAACAUGUGCAAAACGGACGAUUAUCCCAUCAACUGGCCACAUCGUCGUUUGCCGAUUGUUGAAUGUUUGAGGGCAUUUACGCCUGAUAUUCUGUGUAUACAAGAACUGCAUCCAUUAUUGCACGACACUAUCGUGGAAGCGUUACCAAGUCAUGCCUACGUGCAAGAUGAUUUUCUUGGUUGGCAGUUUGAAGGUAACAUCUAUUGGAAUUCGAACACAUUCAAAAUGCUGGAAUACGGAAUCGUUGAUAUCGGCAUAAUGGAACCAUUACGACGUUUGUUCUGGGCACGACUGACGAUCAAAAUAUCCUCGAAUGGAACGGAAGAACAAAGCCAGUCAGACUCUAACCAAUUGCUCGUAGCAACCGCGCAUUACACCUGGGAAGGUCAUUCAGAGGAGCGUAAAACAGACAUCAACUUACGCAAGCAACAAGCACGUCGAACUGUGACUGCUUUGCAAGACUUGACAGCCAAGUUCGGCAAUCCUCAUUUGGCCGUCUUGUUUAUGGGUGAUUUGAAUGAAAAUUAUCAUCCACGGCGCAUUUUGCGUGAAGCUGGUUUUGUCGACUGUUUUGCGGAGUUGCGGUUGCCUACUCCGAUCACCCAUCCUCAACGACCUAGCGAACCUAAAGAAGACAUUCAAGUGAAUACAACAUUGGAUUGGAUAAUGCAAAACAAAUAUGCACGUCCUAUCUUAGCGAACGCACUACGAAAUCUUUUUUGUACCGGAGGAUAUUCCGUGUCAGACCAUUGUCCCGUGAUGUGUGUUUAUGAAAUUGGUGCAGGGCCAUAUGUUUCGAAUGCAGUGCAAGAUUUUAGUGGGAAAAACAUCGUCAAGUCGGUUUAG